AUGGAGUUUUUCACACUGUCGUCAUGGCUGAGCGGCCCAAAAAAAACCAGAAAGCUUGGAAAUUCUCUCUCUGUCUCUCUGUCUGUCUCUCUCUCUCUAUGUCUCUGUGUCUCUGUCUCUCUCUAUGUCUCUGUCUGUCUCCCCCCUGCAGGUCUUUCGUCCUGUGGACAGCUGCUGAUCGACAGGUCGUCAUAUUCCAAACCGAAGGACGGCCUGUUGCCCUGGGUGACGGGGGGGGAGGUGGGGAAGAAGGGCGAGAGUCCCUGGCAGGCGCUGUUGCUGAACGCCAGGGGGAAGUUCCACUGCGGGGGGGUCCUCAUCCACGAGAGCUGGGUGCUGACCGCCGCUCACUGCCUCGAAAACAACCUCCGGUUCAGAGUGCGACUGGGCGACUACAUGCGUCACAGGGACGAAGGCAGCGAGGUGACCCUGAAGGUGGAGAAGGUCUUCAAACACCCGAACUACGACAGCAUGUCGGUGGACAACGACAUCGCCCUGCUGCGCCUGCAGACGCCCGCCCCGCAGUCCCAGUACAUUGUCCCCGUCUGUCUUCCGGGACAGCAGAUGGCGGAGCGGGUCCUCCACCUGAACGGCACCCUCACCGUGGUGUCCGGGUGGGGCAAAGACGACCUGAACAGCACCAUAUACAGCUCGGCGCUCAACGUCAUCAAAGUCCCGCUGGUGGCCCGCAGCGUCUGCGCCCGCCAGAUGUCCCACAACAUCUCCGACAACGUCCUCUGCGCCGGGGUGCUGGGACAGAAGAUGGACGCCUGCGAGGGGGACAGCGGCGGACCCAUGGUCACCCUGUACCGGGACACGUGGUUCCUGCUCGGCCUGGUGUCCUGGGGCGAGGGCUGCGGCCGCGUGGACAAGCUUGGCGUCUACACCAAGGUGUCCAACUACAACGAGUGGAUCAGCAGAGUCCGGGAGGACUGGGACAGAACUCAAGGCCAGCAGGAACCGGUGCGUGUCAGAACCGCCUCCACCCACAGCGGUCGGUCCAGACCGGUAGGGAUGUAACGCACUUUAUAAAUAAACGGGUUCUGUCUCAA